CUAAUGCAUGUGUUUUAGUUGAGAAACUACCAAAAUAAAUGAUUUCAUAAGCCUUUGAAAGUUUUACUGGCCUCAUUAAUUUUGCUGGACACACACCUAACGGAAGUCACUUUGUCAAGUAUCCUGAUCAGAGCACUUCUGCGUAUACUGUGAUACCUACCUUUUACGACCUUAAUUAUACGGCACCAGAGACUUGUAGCAGUACUUUAACAUCAAGAGGAAAGUACAAGAAAGUCAACUAGUCUUUAUUAGCUCUUCUGAAAAAUGUCGGAUAUUAAAAAGUAUUUACUUUUUGGCUGGAGGUGUUUUAAAUAAUGCGUUACAGUACUGUACUACAGCAUUUGAGGAAAUCUUCUACUUGUUUUCAUUCUUUUCAUUUUCUUAAAAGACCUGACUUAGUCUACGUUACUCACUUAGCUAAAAUAGGAUUCACUAACCUAUCUUGCCCAAACUCAUUGUCCGAUGCUGAAUACGAGCGUGUAUCUACGAAAACUUUGGAGUUACUAGCAGACUCUUUUGAACAACUUCCAGAACGCUUUGCGUUAAACAAAGAAUAUGAUGUCGAACACGCCUAUGGUGUCUUGAAGGUCACUUUUGGUCCUCAAGUUGGGACUUAUAUUAUUAAUCGUCAGGCCCCAAACAAGCAGUUAUGGCUUUCUUCUCCUCAAAGUGGCCCUAAACGUUACGAUUAUAUCCCAUCGAUGGGUUUGUGGAUCUAUAAACAUGAUGGCAAAUCUCUGCACUCUCUUCUCAGCGAAGAGGUUUCCGCCAUCGUAGGUGGCUCUGUAGAGUUUCAAAACUGAAGCCUGCUUUUCGGCUGGUCAUAUAUUAUUCUGAUAUAUAUUUACACGCUUAGAAAAUACUUUCACUGGACCUAUCAAACUCAGUAAAUCAAUGUUUGUGUAAGUUCAGUCAUGUUUUGUUGCGGCACUGCUUUUGGCAAUCGAAACUAUAUACGAGUAAUAAUACACUAAAUACGAUAGAUACGUCAUGUUGUACAUAUAAAUCACAAUCUUCAUUUCUUCCAAAAUGAUCCAAUUUUGAAACUUGUACUUAUUUUUUUGCCUGUAUUUUCGAAAUUCAUAUGAUCUGUCAGCGACUCAAUCAUAAAAGUAUGUGAAUGG